UCGGCCUUCCCGCCCUGCGGGAACCUGUGGAUCCAGGUGUGGGAGUCGCUGCGGGCCGAGCAGGGAGCAGGAAGUGAGAGCUGCUUCCAGGCCGGGAAGAGGCCGAAUCCCAGUUGUUGUCCCGGUCCCGGAACAGAGACAGACACACACACAGAGAAAGACAACCAGCCCCUCUGCUGCCCACAGGCCCCGGGAGGCCCAGCUAUGGAGGAAGCCAGCGGAGGCGGGGGCAGUGACCGGGUGAGGAGCCUGCAGAGUGAGGUGGAGGGCGUGAAGAAUAUAAUGACCCAGAACGUGGACCGGAUCCUGGCCCGGGGAGAGAACCUCGACCAUCUGCGCAACAAGACGGAGGACCUGGAGGCCACGUCGGAGCACUUCAAGACCACAUCUCAGAAGGUGGCCCGGAAGUUCUGGUGGAAGAACGUGAAGAUGAUCGUGCUCAUCUGCGUGAUCGUCGGCAUCAUCAUCCUCUUCAUCGUGCUCUUUGCCACUAAGACGAUCCCCACUUAGAAGGUCCCCCGUCUGUGGAGCCCUGGUCUCCUUCCUCUAGCUCCCCCUCCCCCAUGGCCGAAGGGUGCCACCUCCCUGUCCUCCUCCUCCUCCGAGGGUGGAGACCCAUCCUGUCUCCUCACCCAUCCUGUCUCCUCCUGCUCCUCCCCUCCCCUCGCCCCUGGGGGCCUCCCCUGCUUGCUCCAGGGGCUCACUGGCCCUGCCCGGCUGGGACUGGGUUUCUGGGACGGGGGGGUGUGCUGGAGACACAUAUGGAAUAAAGACCUUUCCGUGUUCCUG